AUGUUCGGCGUGUACACGUUGGACGAGCCCGCCGACGGGGUCGUCCGCGCGCCCAAGCUCAACUGCAAGAAGUCCCGCUUCGGCUGCACCCGCUGCAAGCUCCGGAGGGUCAAGUGUAACGAGCAACGCCCCAAGUGCCAGCAUUGCAGGCGCCACGGCACGGCCUGUGUCUACAAGCAUGACCGGGCCCAGGCGCAGGCGGGCCAUAGCUCCACCCAAGGCUCUCAGCGCCGGCAGAAUGCAGCCAACAAUCCCGACAGCCUGGCCAGCCGCGCGACGGAGCCGGACCCUGCGGAGUCCCGCGAGCGGCGCGUGCUGGAGGCCGGCCUCAUGCGCCAGUACGUCGCCAAGACCGGGCCCGGCACGGCAAUCGACGACCUGACCCGGCCAAUGUUUGCCGAAGCCAUCCCAGAGCAGUCUUUGGGGUGCGACUCUCUCCUCUACUCCAUGUACUCCAUCGCCGCCCUUCACCAGGCGUGCGGUGCAAGAGACGGUGCCGCCGCCGCCGUCUCGUCAGACGUGCACCGCCGAUACCUUGCCAUGGCUUUGCGCGAGCAUCAGGCGUCGCUGCAGGACAUUACUGCGGACAAUGUCGACAAUCUCUGCAUGACGUCAAGUCUGCUGCGCGUUUGCGCUUACGCCAUGCUCCAGACGCGGCCUCGUGUGCCGUACUCGCCUCCCUCCGAGUGGCUGUUGAUCUGCGGUACCGCCAUGGCUCUGUACGAAAAGGCAUGGGACGUUGCCAAGGAGCGGCCGGACUCCCUAGCGUGGAAGUUCCUGAGGAGCCCCUACGCUAUGGCGGACGAGGGGCAUAGCGGCGAGGACAAAUCGACUGCAUUCGACAUAUUGUUGACGAGGGAGGCUGGCGACUCGGACCCCUGGGACGUCGAGUCACAAGAGGCCUACCAGCAGGCGCUAUGUUUCCUCGGCAGCGUUCAAUGCGCCAUCCAGGACGGCGAGCCCGAGGGCCACAUAUGCAGGCUCCUUGUCGUGUUCCCCAUGGUGAUCAAGAGGCGGCUGUUUGACCUGGUCAACGCCGAGGAGCCGAGAGCUCUGGCGCUACUGGCGCACUACUUUGCUCUUCUCAGCGGCUUUGACCACAUGUGGUGGAUCGGGCCCGGGCCGGCGCAGGAGGUCAUGGCCAUUGCGGAAGAGCUGUCCACGCAUGGGCGGUGGGUGCCAGUACUGCGGCGGCCCAUUGAGCAGGUCAAUGCAGGCUCUAAGGCUUACGGUCGGACGUCGUCUUCUGCAGCCGGGUGA